AUGACGGUGGAGAGUUGGUCUCUGCAUAGGACGCUUCAAACACCGAACCAUACGCCUGACCCUGACCCUGACCCGGACCAUGAUACCGGUGCUGGCAGAGAUACGCGAUUCCUUUUGGCACCAAUCACGAUUGAGAGUCUCGAAAACGGGUGGCCAGAUCCCAUGCAACAGGAUACCGAUGGGUCGCAAACAUUCCACCAGCCCCUAGCCGCCAACACCUCUCAGCCAGCCUUCCCCGAGAUCUUCCCUCACAGCGACUGUCGACAGCGACUAGGAGAACUACAGAAGGCAAUCCUCGUUGACCUGGAGCUUGUGAAGGCAUGCAAAACAGCCACCGACUGUGCUCAACUGUCGCUCUCUCCAGAGCUGACAUACAACUCUUCGUUUCUGGUCGGUCGAAUGCUUGGCCAUUCAAGAGCUCUACUCGGCAUCUUGGAUUCUUUUAGAUCGAUUUCCUCCACGCCUUCUUACUAUUCCUCAGGCAAUGACACCAUCCAGCCGGGCACCGGAAGCCUGCACUGCGACGUGCCGACAGUGUUCUCUAUAUUUUCAUGCUACGUUUGUCUCAUCCGCAUCUACCGCACCAUCUUUUCCUGCAUUCACGACUCGAUGCCUGUUCUGUUGUCGCUGCAACAACCUGUGCCGCAACUAUUUCCUGGCAUCAAUUUGGCAGGUUUCACAAUGGAGACGCGCCUCGAUCUGCAGGUUCAGAUCCUGGUCCAGGUCAGCGAAGACAUGCUUUCAAAGCUCGAUGUCCGGCUUGGUAUCUGCGGAGGUGCCAACGCCGAUGAGGGAAUUUUCGAGUCUACAAGAGCCCAUCUAAUGCUCAGCAUGAUGGUAGAGGAAGAGGCUCGUGAGCAGCCUCCCUUGUAUGAACCUCGAGGCCCUUGCAAGUCUUUGAGGGACAUUCUUGCCGAUUUAAAGCAAACGAUAAAUGGUCGAGGUACAAAAUGA